AUGAAAUUCACUCAUUUGCAGGCAUCCUCAUCGAAUGAAGUGAAAAUAUCAGAAGAGAAUAAAAAAGACGAAAGUUUGGAAUUGCCAAAAAAUAUUCGAUUAGAUGAUGAAACACUGCUUGAGAGUGUCAGUAUUGUCGACGAAGAUGGUGUUGAUAGCCAUAAUGAGAAAGCGCUUGAUUUCGUGCAGCUGGCUUGCAUAUUGGCCAGAUGUGCCUUCGAAAUGAGCACUCAACAUAAUGAUGCAAUUGCAUUUGAGAAAGCGUCUGCAUACAUUGAUAAGGUAUUAUCAAAUAAGUGUAAUUGGGCUAUCCAAACAAGUGCUUUGUUGCGUCGAUGUGCUAUUGAAAAGCGUAACAAACGACGCGUUGAAAGAGCGUGUUCACAAGCUGAACUCAUCGCAAAACUAAUGGACGCCAUUGACGAUUCGAGUUCAACAGAUGCGAAACAGUCACGUAAUGCACUUGUACUAGCCAGUGGUCUAUCACCGUCAUGGCGAGUGCACCAGUUGCAUGCGGAAAUAUUGCGAUCGUUGGGAUGUACAGCGGAAGCACUUCGAAUAUACGAGAAACAAGAAUCAUGGGAUAAUGUUAUUCAGUGCUACAAAUCAUUGGGUCAGAUCGAAAAAGCAGAGCAUUUGAUACGGGAAUUGAUUGGUAAAAAUCCGAAUGAACCGUUGUAUUAUUGUAUGCUCGGUGACAUUACACUCGAACCGAAUUAUUAUCAACAAGCCAUUCAGCAAUCGUUAUUCUGUGAAGAGCGAUAA